CCACAAUGAUGAAGUUCACUGCGGUUUGCCUUGUGGUGCUGGCCCUGCUUGACGGCUUUUGUGAUGCUCAGCAUAACUAUGGUAAACCUUCAUACCCUCCAACAGGGAGUAAAACGCCUCAAGAUCCCACCCAGCAAAAGCAGUUGCAUGAAAAAGAGCUCACCUGGAAAUACCCUGCUGACCCUCAGCCUGAAGCCAAACCUGUAGUGCCAUUUGAGCAGAGAUAUCCUGUUCCAGCUGCAACUGUUGCUGUUGAAUGCAGAGAAGAUUUAGCUCAUGUGGAAGCCAAAAAGGAUUUGUUUGGGAUCGGCCAGUUCAUUGACCCAGCUGACCUCACUCUGGGAACGUGUCCUCCUUCAGCUGAGGAUCCUGCGGCUCAAGUGCUCAUUUUUGAAUCUCCACUGCAGAACUGUGGGAGCGUGUUAACAAUGACAGAGGACUCCCUGGUCUACACCUUCACUCUGAAUUAUAACCCCAAACCCCUGGGCAGUGCCCCUGUGGUGAGGACGAGCCAAGCUGUUGUUAUCGUGGAAUGUCACUACCCAAGAAAGCACAAUGUGAGCAGUCUGGCUCUCGAUCCUCUCUGGGUUCCAUUCUCUGCAGCAAAGAUGGCAGAAGAAUUCUUGUAUUUCACUUUGAAACUCACGACAGACGACUUCCAAUUUGAGAGGCCAAGCUACCAGUAUUUCCUUGGAGACUUGAUCCACAUAGAGGCUACCGUCAAGCAGUACUUCCACGUGCCUCUGCGUGUUUACGUGGACAGAUGUGUUGCUACUCUUUCACCUGAUGCAAACUCAAGCCCCAGUUAUGCCUUCAUUGACAACUAUGGAUGUCUGCUUGACGGCAGAAUCACAGGCUCUGACUCAAAGUUCGUGUCUCGACCAGCUGAAAACAAGCUUGACUUCCAGCUGGAAGCCUUCAGGUUCCAGGGUGCUGACAGUGGAAUGAUCUACAUCACCUGCCACUUGAAGGCAACAUCUGCUGCUUAUCCCCUUGACGCCGAACAUAGAGCUUGUUCUUACAUCCAAGGGUGGAAGGAGGUCAGUGGAGCAGACCCAAUUUGUGCCUCUUGUGAGUCUGGUGGAUUUGAGGUUCAUACCAAUGCAGUAGUUUCACAUGGCACUUCAACACUUAGUGGAGGCGGUCAUGGAACUGGAAAACCUUCAGAUCCUUCAAGGAAAACACGUGAAGCGGCCAAAACUGAAGUUCUGGAAUGGGAAGGCGAUGUCACUCUGGGUCCUAUCCCCAUUGAAGAAAGGAGGGUCUAAUAAGCAUUAAUGUAACAUAGUCUCCUGCUGUUGCAAUGAUCAUCAAAAUAAACACUUGCAUUGGCUCAUACUGUUGUAUCUAGCCUUUCCUCAACCUUAUAUCUUUAAACUUGACAAACAAUUUAAAGUCUCUAAAACUUCAUUGAAGCAAGAACGAUG